AAAACCUCCAAAAUGAAGAGUUUCAUUAUACUGCUGAUAUUUAUUGCUCUUGUAGCAUCCAAUCAGUGCAAAGACAAGGACCAAGAAAUGGGAGCAUCUUUAAGUGCUAGUUUCUGCGUCAGUGGAGCAACUUCUUGUAAUGCAAUGAAAAUAUUAGAUGAUAGUCAGAAAGAUUUGCUCUACAUUGUCGGAUUUUAUAUUGUUGGGUCCUCAUCAAGUAAGACAUUUGUGUAUAAGACAGACUAUGAGUUUCAAAAGCUCAAGGUAGCGACCUAUCCCUUCUCUCCACAAUUUCGUUCACCACAGAUUUCUCUCGAUGGAGAUUUCAUUUAUAUCCAAGCGAUUAGUCGUAAUUAAGACACUCGAGAUUAGUACUGCAACUCUGGAGACUACUAGGGAACUGAUUGUGAGUGGUUCUAAGUUCGCUUACAGAGGAAACAUGAUUAUUCGUAAUUACUUCUACUUAAGUUUUCACAAUAGUUCAAUUACAGAAACUUGCAGAUGGAACAAAGUAUCGACUAAUCUUGACUGAUUAAGCUUUGGAGUUGGAAGUCAUACUAACUUCAUACCAAUUAAUGAUGAAAUAUUAUUUUAUGGUUCUUCAGACUCUUCUUUUGAUCAGUACUAUCUUAUAGGCUAUAAUUUCUCAGACCCGUCAAAUUUGGUUUGGAAGAAGAGUAUUGAUUGUCCAAUCUCUAGCUGAAACCAUAAGGAUAGUCCUUCGAUUCUCAGCAGAGAUGGGAAGUCUAUUUACACAAUGAUUCUGUAUAAUGAACACUUCUUAUUUUAUAAGCUAAAUGCUACUGAUGGGUCUCCUCUAAACCCAGGCUUCAUUUGGAACGAUAGCAAUUAUUAUUCUAGCUAUUCAAUGGCUGAGUUUGAAGGUUUCGUUGUAGUUCAGAUUAAUAGUGCAGGGCUGACAAACAGGAAAAGGCUUAUACUGGUGAAUAAAGACAAUGAUAAGGUCUUGAAAGAAUAUGGAUCUAUUGGGUCGCAAGCUUACUUUGUAGGAAGGGCAAGUUAUCAAGGAAUAGAGGUUUUGUAUCAUGGUGGAUAUUAUUCCCCUGGUCCAGCUGCUUUAUUAGCAAGAACUUCAACAAAUAAUAUUGACCAGCUCUCUGAAUUUCAACAGGAUACUCCUCUUUUCACACAAAUCUCAUCCAACUAUCAAGUCUCUUCAACAACCUCAAGCCCUACCUUGACUUCUAGCACAAAGACUCUUAUCAUAUCAAGUUCAUCUACAGUGACAGCCACAGACAUCACAUCGACGACUACUCCUUCAUUCACUACUUAUGUUGCUCUAUGGAAUGAUGACCAUGUCCAGUCUGUUCAGAGCAACUCUUUGGUCAAAGUUGACUUCACUUGGGCCUGAGCCCAGCCUGUGAACUACACAGACAUUUCGUUUAGCCUGGUACAAACUGGGUCUCAUUCUAUUCCGAAGUGGGUGCAAGCAAAUGUGGUUAAGCAAGAACUGUACCUCAACAUGACUCCCCAACUUUCUGAAGCAACUACUUACUACUUUUCGCUUAAGAUUGUGUUCAGCAGUGAAGUCCACUACAAACAGUUUGAAAUCACUGUCGAAGAGUGCAACAUUCAACACUGCACAACUUGACAACUUGGAGACACAAGUUUGUGACAGAUUUGAGAAGCCAAUUUCCAAGUGUCUGAGAACCAACAGUCAUGAUCAGAGGCUCCAAUCGCUGAAAAAGAAGUUGACGCCCAAAUUGCCACAGCUUCAACUGCAUUGGUAGCCUCAGGCGCAAUCAUUGCAAGUGCCUCAUCGUUGUUGUCACUAUCAUCGGUGAAUUCGAUCUUCAGUACCAUGAACAGUCUGCAGCUUGCAAUAUUGAUGCCUGCGGUCCCAGAGUAUUUUCCACAGAAAGUGUCUGAUCUGAUCAAUGGAAUGGGGUUCUCAACAUUCUCGUUCGACUUUAUGAGUCUCAGAAGUAUUCCUUUUGUUGAAGCUGUUUCGAACUGGAUCUCAUAUCCACAAACAAAUGAGUACUUAUUGACACUCGGGAUGAGCUCAGGUAGCUCAUUGGUGAACUUGCUGUCAAUUUUAGGAACUAUUAUUCUGAUCUGAAUCACCCAUUUCUGCAUAACUAUAUUAUACAAAUGAGGGAGCAAGUCUGAGAGCAAGAGAUGCACAAAAAUGUGCAAGAAACUAUUUCGCUAUUUCACAUUCAACAUAUACAUCAGGAUACUUAUUCAAUCAUUUAUGUUCAUUUCACUGUGAAUUCUGUCUGAGCUACAUGCUCAGAAACUUCAAACAACUCUGACUCAAGUUUCUUUUGCCAUUUGAAUUUUGUUUGGAGUGUUAUGAAUACUUUUUGUGGUGUCUUCUCUUUGCAUGUACUCGAAGUCAUUCUCCAAUGCUGAAUCGCUAAAGUAUCAAUCAUGCAUGGAGUAUUUCAAUGGAGUCAAACCCACAAAGUUUGCGAAGCUCUACUCAUGCUUGUUUAUGUUAUUGAGGGUGUUCUGAAGUUUCUUGGCAGCAUGCGGCAAAUCCACACUUGGUUCUCAAACACCCACAUACUUCUAUUUGUCGAACAUUGGCUACUGACUGUACUUGCUGAUUGUCAGGCCAUUCACAAAUCCUCAAGACAACCUCAUAGAAAUUGUCAAUCAGACUCUGUUUUGUUGACUAGCAGUUCCGCUGAUGUGAUUGCGGUCUGAGUCAGACUGGACCCCGUUUUACGAACGCUAUUACACUUCAGUUUUCAUGGUAUCUCCACUGAUAGUGAGUUUUAUUUGCUUGAUGUUCUUGGCCAAAACAAUACUCGUUUGCAUCAGAAAGAUGAAGCGAGCGAGACCAUCCGCAAAUGUUGCUCCGAAGAAUGCCUGAGCUAACGGACAGCAAAAUCAUCAAGAGUCUGGACAAGAUGUCCAAGAUGCUCAAGAAUUUGAUGAAUUCAGACAAAAUCACGAAGAGAGAAAACACAACUUUGAAGAUGGCAACUCAGUGGUCGGCUCAAAGAUCAGGUCAAAUUCCAACAUCAGCAAGAGUAACGCUGAAAUAAUGGACCCUCCAAGAACUUCAAAACUACAGGGGCUGGAGAAGUUUAGGAGAAACAAGGUAGACUUCCCAAACAAAGUUGAAGUUAAAAGAAGAGAGUAUUAACGCUAAUAUUUUCUUAUUUUUAUCU